AGCGUUUCGCAAUAUAGAGAGAGGUACAAAUAAUACCUAAGAACAUAUUUUUUUUAAUAAAUAAACAACAACAAAGGAAAUAACGCGAUAAGAAAAGUAUUUCUUGAAGAACACAAGGAAUUUUAUACAAAGGUUCAAAGGAUACAAUUAAGAAUUUAAUGGAACUUCUGGAAUCGGCUGAAGAUUGAGUAAAUAGUCUACAAUGUGGAUUUUAAUUGCACUACUAUCAACUUUCAUCACCUGCAUAACAGCUCAAAAAGACGCCAAACUCAACCACCAAAUAAUGGCAGAAUACAAUCUCAUCUAUCCCUACGAAUGGCGGCAAGGAGAAUUCAUAGACUUGGAAAAAAUGCUCGACUGCUACUGUCCCAGAGUCUACUGGCCUUGCUGCAGCAGUGAGGGCGUCACCUAUCCGAAUCAUUGCGUACUAAUCUGCGAUAAGAAGUCCUUGAAGAGAUUGGGCCCCUGCAUUAAGUAUAGGAGAGAUAUGGACCAGGUUAUGACUAUUGUUUUACCGAGGGAUUGGAAGAAUACAACAAGGAAGGAUCUGGAGCAUGUGAAGCCUGGUGAUUUUAUUGUUGAACGAGUUGAUAAGUGGUAAGCAUUCUUCAUCGGGACCGCCGGGCAAAACCUCUCGCCGUUCAACUUCUUCUUCAACCCUUGGACGACGGACGUUCAGUCUUUGAACACAAUAAACAUUACUAAACCCAGCUGCAUCGAGUGCCCUCGUGUCUAC